CACUCACAUACACACGCCGCUGGAGCGCAUAGAGACACUCCGCUACAGACAAAAAUACUAGAGGAGUGGUGCCAGAGAUGGAAUGAGUUCUCCUUCGGAACAUAUUAUAUUCAUGUCCGUCACACUUCUCAUGAUUUGCGCUCCAUUCUUGUUGUAAAUACGGAGACUUUUUGUCGGCUGAUAGUUCAGUCAACUGUGUCUCAUCGGUCGUAAAUGCCGGAGUAAAUGACCGGAGUCCUGGAAUCCCUGCGAGCACAGGAGAGAGAAGGGGGGGGGGAAGGCAAGCGCUACAGUCGUAUGUGGAGGUAGACUAAGAGCCGCUUAUCAGACCCUGUAGGAAAUACCCCAGGAGGUUCCAAAUCAUUGGACAAGCUCUGUAUGGAACCGGGGAAUUAAGAGGAGUUUAUUUCAUCCACGAGGCUAGAUAACCCAGUCAGGACGACAAUAUUAAAGUUAUAAGGUGGCAUCCCAGUGUGUCGUUCAAGUAGUCUGUAUGCCUGCUUCGGAGGGAAAGCUGUUCACCGCUGUCUUUAGCCUAUUUUUAUUCAAUUAAGUACACUUGGAACAAACAUUAUUCGUUGAUUGUUUUAGUAAAAUAGGCUACGUGGAGUAAUAACAUUUGUUCCUAGAUUUUCUGCAAAAAAAAGGUGUGGAUUUUCUUGAUGGACAACUGAUUUGAUCCUGGGAAGUACCAUUUAAAAAUAACAAGACAUUGAACAUUGCCAAAAUGGAUAUGCUAUCAUCGCUGAUUGGAUUUUUACUUGCAAUGUGUCUAACACUGGGAGUCCGUGGAGACAAGGGUGAGGUGUGUGGGGGCACCCUGGAUGCCAGCGACGCAGGGUACAUCACGUCCCCGGGCUACCCUCUGGAGUACCCGCCCCACCAGAAUUGCCAGUGGGUCAUCACGGCCCCGGAGCCCUCCCAGCGCAUCGUCCUCAACUUCAACCCCCACUUUGAACUGGAGAGACUGGACUGCAGGUAUGAUUUCAUUGAGAUCCGUGAUGGUGGUUCGGACUCGGCUGAGCUGCUGGGUAAACACUGCAGUAACAUCGCCCCCCCAGCCAUCAUCUCUUCUGGUACCGCCCUGCACAUCAAGUUUGUCUCAGACUACGCCCACCAGGGGGCUGGCUUCUCACUGCGCUACGAGAUCUUCAAGACAGGAUCGGAAUUCUGUUUCCGGAAUUUCACCAGUCCUUCCGGAGUGAUCGAGUCCCCCGGCUUCCCUGACAAGUACCCCCACAACCUGGAAUGUUCUUACAUCAUCAUAACUCCGCCCCACAUGGACGUGACCCUGACCUUCUUGACCUUUGACCUGGAGAACGAUCCCCUGCUGUCAGGAGAGGGAGACUGCAAGUACGACUGGCUGGACGUGUGGGACGGGCUGCCCCAGGUGGGCCCUCUGAUUGGUCGUUACUGUGGUACUAAGAUUCCUCCUGAGAUCCAGUCGUCGUCUGGUCUACUGUCUCUGUCCUUCCACACGGACAUGGCUGUGGCCAAAGACGGCUUCUCAGCCCGCUACAACAUGACGCACAAAGAAGUCAGUGACACGUUCCACUGCAGUACAGCGUUUGGUCUGGAGUCAGGAAAGAUUUCAGAUGACCAGAUCUCAGCCUCGUCCUCCUUCUACGACGGCCGCUGGUCCCCUCGCCAGGCCAGGCUCAACAACAUCGACAACGCCUGGACUCCCAGCGAGGACAGCCCCAAGGAGUACAUCCAGGUGGACCUCCACUUCCUUAAGGUGCUGACAGGCAUCGCCACCCAGGGAGCAGUCUCCAAGGAGACGCAGAAGUCCUACUACGUGUCCACCUUCAAGCUGGAGGUCAGCACCAAUGGAGAGGACUGGAUGACCUAUCGCUACGGCAAGAAUCACAAGGUGUUCCAUGCUAACACAGACCCAUAUGAGGUGGUGUUGAACCGCAUACCCCAGCCCGUCUUAGCCCGCUUCGUACGCAUCCGGCCUCAGGUCUGGAAGAACGGCAUUGCCCUGCGUUUCGAGCUCUACGGCUGCCAGAUCAUAGAUGCUCCGUGUUCAGAGAUGCAGGGCCUCCUCUCUGGCCUGCUCCCCGACGCCCAGAUCUCAGCGUCGUCAGCUCGAGACAUGCUGUGGUCCCCUGGGAAUGCCCGCCUGGUGGGCAGCCACUCAGGCUGGUUCCCCGGCCCCGCUCAGCCCCUGGCUGGGGAGGAGUGGCUCCAAGUGGACCUGGGUGUCCCCAAGACUGUCGGGGGGAUUAUUACCCAGGGGGCGAGGGGCGGAGAGGGGACAAGCAGCACGGACAACAGGGCCUUUGUGAGGAAGUACCGCGUGGCUCACUGUCUAGACGGGAAGGACUGGGGGUUCGUUAUGGACAGCAAGACCAGCCUGCCCAAGAUAUUUGAGGGGAAUACCCACUACGACACCCCUGAGCUACGGCGUUUUGAGGAGACCCUGGCCCAGUUCAUCAGGAUCUAUCCAGAGAGGUGGUCUCCUGCCGGGAUCGGGAUGAGAGUAGAAAUAUUGGGCUGUGACGUGCCAGAAACCAGCACGCUGGCUGACACAGCCACGCCGACUUUGUCUGGUCCAAUGGAGAGUAGCACUGCCCAGCGGUCGGGCAGAGGAGCUAGCUCCUCCCCUCCGUCAAUGGGUGGUGUGUGUGACCUUGAGCAGGGUCUGUGUGGCUGGACUCACGACCUCAGCGCCCCUCUCCAUUGGUCCCUCCACAGCAGCUCCAAAGCCCCAGCCCAGGGCCCCAGCCUGGAUCUCGCUCUGCCCCCCACCGACCUGAAUAGCUACCUGUACAUCGAAGCCAACCCCAAGACGGAGCGGCAGCGAGCCAGGAUCCUAAGCCCCAUGGUGGGACCCGACACGGGGCCUCUCUGCCUGCUCUUCUCCUACCAGCUGUGGGGAGAGGCCCUGGGCACCCUGCGCAUCCUUCUCCGCGAUGCCCAUCACAAGGAGACCCUUCUCUGGGCACUCCGCGGCGACCAGGGCCCCGUUUGGAAGGAGGGUCGCACCAUCCUGCCCCGAUCCCCUAAAGAGUUCCAGGUGGUUAUGGAAGGCUUCUUUGACCACGGAACCAAGGGCCAUAUCAUGAUCGACAACAUCCACAUGAGUUCUGGUACACCUUUGGAGGAGUGCACACAACCCUUUGCUGCCUUCCCUCCCGACAUGACAGGGGGAGGUGUUCCUGGCGGGAGUGACCCCACAGUAGACACGUUGGCGCUGCCACUCAUACCCACCCUCUGGUACUACCUCGUGGCCGCCGGGGGUGCCCUGAUACUCCUGGCAGUGUCCAUCUUGGUACGGGCGCUCUGUUGCCAUCGACGAAGGCUGGCAGCGAAGAAGAGCCAGCUCUCUGUGUCCUACCACAGCCAGUCCCAGUACUUUCAGUACUCCCAGUGCUCAGCCAGUAACCCGGUGACGGCCGCUCCAGGGACGGAGCCCGUGCUCACCGUGAGGCUAGACAACCACGGCCACCAAACAUAUGCCCUCUGCUGAAAGGAAGAGGUGGGGCUUAUAGCUAAAAACCUCCCCUUUUGAUGGCAUGGAUCAUGGAUGAUGCAACGGGGGACAAGGAUCGGAGUGGUAUUGACAGUGACAUUUUCUGUUGGGUCCUGCUUUCAUCAGCAGCGGAUGUUAUUGUUCACAGACUAACUCUUCGAACACUAUUUCUAUCAUUUGAAUCUGUCUACGGACUAUGGACGUAGUUUUGGCCACUGUUUUUCUGGGGGAGUUGGUCGUUGACUUUUCACACUUCAAGCUGGGGUGAUGUGAUUCAGAGAGAGAUGAAGCGAUCUAUGUGAUUGGCUCGUUUCAAACCCAACCUCCAGCCUUGCAGGACUAUUGGUUCAAGUUCUGGUUCCUACCCCCUGGGGUUUCCUGAAAUCACACCAGCACGGACACACUCAGUGUGGGCUAACCUCCCGGCCCUGUGUGGGUGCAGUAGUUCAGCCAUGCAAAACCUCUAGCGCUGUCAGACCACAAACAGACAAGCGAGAGACACUGUCUUGCUGACAGCUCUGCUGGGACACUCCGAGAAGAGAGAAGAGCGAGAGGAGGGGGAAUGUUACAGACAGAGACGAUGGAUGUGCCUACAGGAGAGGCUUCAUUGUAAAGAUGGUGCUUCAGGACAGGCUGCUAAGAUGUCAGUGUUACUAUUACUGAAGGAGAUGUUAAAUAGAUACACUGUAACGAUUAUGUGCGUUUUGUUUAUUAUGAGUGGGACGGGUUAUUUGGUAUUCCAGUGUAAGACUAAAAGCAUGUUUGAAUAUGAAGUUGAGCAUUUUUGUGUCGCCCUUAUUGACCUGAGGAAUCAAUCUCAUUCACGCAGCUCAAGAAUAAUAUUUUAGUAGUCCCACACCGGAAACCCCGCAUCAAGCUUUUGAUUGAUAUGACCCCUCAGUCAGUCUGUGAGCAGAGUCCCCGUCUUUAUAAUAUCAUUAUCAUCAUCAUCAUCAUCACCUGUGAUUAAUGCUCAUUCCCACAUUGUUUGUGUUCUAUCUUGGAAAGUCCUCGAUGGUGUCACCCAUGUGAAAACAUGUGUCUGGUAAGACAUGUGUCUGGUAAGACAUGUGUCUGGUAAGACAUGUGGCUGGUAAGACAUGUGGCUGGUAAGCCCUACAUCCAACUCUAUGCAAUACUCUCAAACAGCUGUAAGACAUGUUUUUUUCCUGUUGCGUGUGCUCUUAGUUGAGAAUGCACCAAAACAUCAUGGAAACCAGGGACUGCAAACGAUGCUGCAAACGAUGCUUCCCUAUAACUUAAGAUGGAGGCUGGCGGGAUGCAUCCCUCAUUAGAACAUUGGGGGCAUAAACAAAAUGGCAAAGAAUGUAAUGGUAUAACAACUGGUGGCCAAGAGAAUUGGAAAUGUGUUUCAAAUGGGUUGGUUGGUAAGUUGGUUGGUUAGUGGUUAUGUAGAGCUCUGUGAAUCAGAAGUUCACCCAAAUUACAAAACAGUGGCCAUGUAAACAAAGCCUAAGCAUGGAUUCUAUAGACUGCUUUCAGGGGAAUAUUUUUUUAUUGUGUAGUUUGGUUGAACUAUCCAUUAUUGUACAUCCAGAGCUAGUUUAGUUCAAUACCUGCCCAUUCAACCCAAUUAACCACCAAAUAUGUCAAAGGUGUUUUCCGACCUCAAAAGUAGUCUAUGAGAUGAGUCCACGUCCCAUAGUUGCGUAGAUCCAGCUUAUAUGCCUCAACCUCGAAUGAAUGGAAAAGAUAAACAAUCAAAUCAGCAAAUGAUGGUGCUUCCAUUUUGCAACCGGUGGCCUGGGAUGUGAACUUAUCUCAACGUAAGACCAAUUCCCAGGUCUGAAAGCAUCUGACAAACUUUGAGUUUGGAAUGAACUGUCCCUUUAAGUAGAACAACCGUGUUUGGGUUAGAGUGAUGCCUCCACGGAAUUAAAUAGAACAUUUCUAUGGAAGCCACCAUGUUAUCAGGGGGGGGGGGGGGGGGUUGAAGAAGGCUUUAAGGAGUCUUCCCAUUGAGUUGGGUGAAUGUGUAUGGCAAUCAGGCUUUUUACUUUUCUCAGAGUUAAGAGGAGUUUUUUUGGCAUCCACUCACAAUGUGCUUUUAAAUCAACUGGGGGUUGGGCACCCCACUCUGUCCAUCUCACCAUAGGUCCGCUCCAAACUCUUAAUAUCUCUAAUUAGGUAAUGGAGCGAUAACAUUUAUUUAGGCUGUGGUAAGCACUUUUCUCUUUUCCCAUCUCCUGUACACACAAACACAAUCUCUCACGCAAACACACACCCACACACACACAUGCAGUCUCUCUCACACAUGCGCACAUGCACCCCCCCCCCCCCC